GCCCUGAGCCCUGAGCUUUGAUCGGAAGUUCACGAUCUGUGAUCUGGUUGGAACGACUGUUUGGCAGCGCUCACGUUUCUGCCUGAAACCCUUCCAACCCCACGAAAUGAUCUCAUAAAAACAACGACAACUCAACAACAACGACCCAACAACACAAAGUAAUCCACACUAUUAAUAUCACCAUGGCCAAGUCAAUUCAAGACCGAGAAUCCAGAGCAGCCCGCCGCAUGCGCUACUACUUCUGGGAGAUUGCCACCGAGACGAAUCAAGCUGAGACCACCCUCAACACCAAGCCACAGCAACCCGAAGAAACAGACGACAUUCGACUGCCUUUGGCAAUGCCCAACUCCUUUCAACGAUCAUCCGUCUCCUCAUCACUGACAUCGAAGCGACCGCCCAUGAUGACAGACAUUUCGGAAAGAUCGUCUAUGAGCACCAACAUCUCUGGAUUGCGCACAGUCGUAGGAUUGACCGACUAUUCCGAACGAUCGUAUUCUACUUGCACGACAUCGCGAUCCGCACUGACCGAUGCUUCAGAACGAUCCUUUCUGACUUGCAAGUCUUCUAGCACCACAACCUCUAGACCUGGAGGCCUGGCCACCUUGAGAUCCCUGGAAACUGAUCUGAACAAGUCUGGAACCUGGGAGCUUCCCUCUGUCGAUUUCUCAAAGUAGAAGGAAAUCGGCGCAACUGAAGAAUAGAGGGAUAUCAUUUUGAACACAAUAUGACUAAUACAAAUGUAUCUAUAGAACGACAGCUUUUACUG